UAUAACAACAGGGAAAAAAUGACCGGCGAAAAACUACUCGCUGUUUUUCUGAUAAUUCUUUAUUUUGUAGCUGUUUUUGGUUUAUACGAAGAUCAGACUGGAAAAUUUGAUUGGAGACAGCAGUAUGUUGGACGCGUUGACCAUCUCUUUUGGGACCAGUCUGUUACUUUGGGUAAAAGGAUUUUAGUGGCGACAGACCAACAUUUGGUGGCCGCUAUACACAGUCAUAAUGGAAGCAUAGCAUGGAGGAAGAUCCAGGAAGAUGAUGACAGAGGGAUUAUAGAUUCAAUUGACCACCAGAAUAAUGCUCUGGUCACGAUCAGUGGAGGAGGCAGAUUUGUCAGGAAUUGGCAACCAGGCAGUGGCUCCCUCUACUGGGAAGUUGAAACUUUUAAAUCUAGUGAAUCAGGUGCAAGAGGAGACAUAAGGAUCUACAGUAAAGAUGAAGUGUUGGUUCUGGCACCAACAGGAGUCUACAAGCUUAACUUACAUAAUGGUAAAGAGAAGUGGACGCUACAGCUACCAACAAAGGACAAUGUGGUUUUUGAAAGACUGGUUUUGCAAGGAAGCAACAUUUAUGCUGUGGGACGAUCAGUGGGUGCUCAUGUGAUGGUGGUUUCUGCAGAUAUUGAAGGCACCCUAAAACAACAGCGAUCUGUACCAGCUGCCUGGAUAAAGGAAGAUACAGACUGUGAAACUCUUGAUGCGGGAGUCAUGCUGUGUUACGAUGACGUUUCAUCAAACCUGCAACUGCUAAAUUUAGAGUCUGGCCAGGUGUUUGUGGAGGUUGAGCUUCAGGAACUGGGGCUAUCAGCUGGAGGAAAAACUGUGUCCUUGGAGAAACUCCGCCUCCAUACCUCAGAUCAUGGAAAAUCCCAUCUGCUUCUCCGUCUUGGAAAUGAUCACAUGGCUAUCCUCAAAGUCAGCAAGGAUCGCAUUCAACUGGUGAAGGAUUUACCAAAGGUAUCCGCUGCCUAUGUGGCUAAGGUGGAGGACUUGGACAUCCUGCUGACACUCCACAGAGCAUCUAAACAGAGCAUACUUCUUGUGGGAUAUGACCUCGCGUCUGGAGGAGAAAUCACGGAGCUAUCUCAGAGUAUAACGUUCCCUUCAAGCCACGGUCUCCCUAUGAAGCUGGAUGCUGUUGUAGUGAAGAAGAAUGGUCGCUUGGCAUACAAAGCUAUUGUGAGGUCCGAGGAUCAGUCUCUUCAGCUAGUCCAAAAAACAGGGCGGGUGUCCUGGAAGAGGGAGGAAGCUUUAGCUUCAGUCCUGGCGAUAGAAAUGGUGGACUUCCCAGUUUCAGAAAACCAGGCUAAAUAUGAGGACGAGUUUGGAGCUCAGAAAGAGGAUAUUGUCAGCAUGUUUGUGAAGAGAUUUACCACACAGUUUCAACAGUUAAAAAAUCUGGCCAUCCAGCAGCUUCAAAAGCUACAGGGUCAUCGUCACCAUGGAAUCCUGGAGGCUGACGCUAUAGAAGAGGAGGAGGAAGAGGAGGAACUCACACGGGACGAGUUCAAUAUCAACAAGAUGAUUGUAGUGGUCACUGGGGCUGGCAAGAUCUACGGACUGAGAAGUACCAAUGGCCAUGUCCAGUGGUCUGCUUUCCUGCCCGACUUGGCUGCCUUUAGGAGUAAUGACGAAGAUAAAAUGCUGCUGUUUGUACAGAGGACCACCGCCCAUUUCCCAAACCCGCCCCAGUGUGUCAUUAUAGGCAAAAACAAGAUAAGUGGUGAGGGUCUCCUGUAUGCCUUUAAUCCUAUCAGUGGUCAGCCUGUAGGAGAUGUCCCGUACGGAGGACUCAACCUCGGCUUCAACGUCAAACAGGCGUACAUGAUCGGUGAAGUGGAUGACCACUUCCUUCGUGGGAUUAUUUUCCUGGAUGAUAAACACAAGAUCCACACCUACCCAGAGGCAUUCAUGUCUGUAGCUAUGGACAUCCUGCCUAGUCUCUUUAUGUUCACUGCUGACUCGAGCACUGGGUUCCUGAACGGCUUUAAGGCCAGACAAAAGGAAAAGGGUAUCACAGCUGACAACGUGUGGAGUAUCAACCUCCAGAAAAAACAACAGACAAUCACAAAUGUUGUAGGCAAAAGAGUUCUGGAACAAGUACACUCCCAGGGUCGAGUACUAGGAGACAGGAGUGUACUGUACAAAUAUAUGAACCCAAACCUGGUGGUAGUGACGACAGAGGGAGAGGAGUCAUCCAGUCUGAUGAAGGGUUCCAACAACUUCGUUAACAUCUACCUAAUCGACAGUAUAACUGGCCACAUUGUGUUCCAUGCCAGCCACAAGAAAACCAGAGGGCCAGUCAACGUGGUGCAUGUAGAGAACUGGGUUGUGUAUGAUUACUUCAACCUGAAGGCCCGCCGUCAUGAGAUUGCAGUGAUCGAGUUAUUUGAGGGAAAAGAACAAGGCAACUCCUCGGCCUUCUCCUCCUUCACAGCCCCUAUGGAGCCCCUUGUUCUACGUCAGUCAUACAUCAUGCCAGUUCAUAUCACAGCGAUGGACGUCACGGUGACAGAAAAGGGCAUCACCAGUCGCAGUCUUCUUUUUGCAAUGACAGCAGGAAAAAUUUUGUCUCUACCAAAAGCUCUUUUGGAUCCUCGACGACCAGUGAUUCCAUCGCCUGAAACAAUGGAGGAGGGAACCAUUCCAUACAUUCCUGAGAUUCCUAUCUCCACGGAGAUGAUGGUCAACUAUUACCAGAGUGUGGACAAGAUCAAGGGUAUACAUAGCUCUCCCGCGGGACUCGAGUCGACCUCCCUUGUGUUUGUAUAUGGUCUAGAUCUGUUUUACACUCGAGUGACCCCUUCACGGAUGUUUGAUGUUCUCAAAGAAGAUUUUGACUUUUAUUUUAUUUCCCUCGUCCUGCUGGGAAUGUUCCUAGUCACUUUUAUCACACAAAAACUAGCUUCUAGAAAGGCACUUAGUCGAGCAUGGAAGUGAGGGUUGAUAGGUGUAGACAUUUAACAAUGACAUUGAGUACCACAGAACAAUACCCUUCCAGUCGUAUUUUAUCUGUGAUACAGGUUAGAAAGAAGGGGUUAAAUGGUUUUAUUACAUAAUCAGGCGGUUAUUGAUCGAAUUUGCUCAUGUAAUAUUUUGACAUAUAGGUCACUAGCUCAGUAUAAUAUAAUCUGGAGCAUUUUAAAUUGGCUGUGCCAGUCCGUAAUCUUUUGUGCUGGCAUAACAUGGCCAAUGACAUCACGCCAUGAAUUGAUGAUGGUGCAACGAAAUUGCUGACUCCAUUUGGUUUUGUCCACUUUAAAACCUGUCAAAAUAUAAGUUUUCUGAAUUAUGUGAUAAGAAAGUUAAAAUUGAAACUAAAAAGACUCAUAAUUCAUUUUAAAAAAUAUAUGAAAUGACACUUAUUUUUAGAUGCUAUUAUAUAUUAGUUCACACUCAGAUAGA